GGCCCCCACCUCUUUUUUUUCUUUUGGCCCAACACUUCAAAAUCCACCCAAAAAUUCCACAAUGGCAUUCCACUUUCUUUUGGCUACUGUGCAAUUUUCUUGGCAAUUGGGCAAUGGAGACAGCAACACACGGCGACGCUUGGACGCUGGUCAGACGCGGCGGUUAUUCCCCUGCGACGGCGAUGGCUCCUCCACGCGGCGGCGGCUCCUUCUGCCGCUGCUCCUACAUGCGGCGGUCGGAAGGCAAACGGUGGCGGCGAUCUGUACUGGACAGCGGCGGCUUGACGAGGGGAGGCUACGGCGGUUUGCGGAUGACAGCGAACAACCUGCCCAAGCCUCUCACCCGCUUUUGAACCAGCGGCGGAGGGAGAUCGACGACGGCAGCGGUGACUUAGCGGCUACUCCUGCGCGGGUGACGGCGGCAGCGGCUCCUUCGCUUGCUGCGGUCCCCCUGGAACCAGCGACGGCGACACGAUUCGGAUGGCGGCGGUCUGGAUCUGCCCGAUUGAUGGGGGCAGCGGUGAGUCUCAAGGGACUCACUUCCUGCUGCGGCAGUGCUUCGUGGGGAUCGCCGGGGAGGUGGUGCUCCGGAGGCAGCGGCCCUCACUCCGGCUCCUGCUGCUGCACACAGUUCUUCUCCAAAAAACCCAGGUGACACUCCUCUGAUUCCGAUUAGUUUCUGCUGAUCGGAUUUCCGGUGUGUUAACGAACCAGGCUCCGAUACCACUUGUUGGGAUAAACGCACGCGGAAACAACACACAAUCACGAAUCAACUGCAGAAAAAUAAACGACACAGGAUUUAACGUGGUUCGGCCGCCAACUGCAACCUACGUCCACACGGGGCAACUAGGAGGAUUUUAUUAUUUGUUGUUGCACAACAAUUACAAGCACAUUAGCAUCUCUUAAAUAGAGAAUAAUUAGGAGAGCACAAUGAUUAGGGAAGUUAGAAGCUUCUAGGUAGUUUC